UUUCAGCUUACUUCUACUGUCACAUACUAAAGGAAAUUAGAUAUUGGAGUGAACAGUGUCAACUCAGUUUUAAGUCAGAAAUGGAUGAAUUUACUAUGCAAAUAAUUUGCGCUAUUGCAAUGUUCUUAACAACAUCAAUUGCUGGAUUUGCUCCAUUUAAACUCAUGACAAUGAUUGUGUCGAACGGUGUAAUGAGUCGAAGGGCAUCGGUCAUUAUGUCCAUAAUGUCAUGCUAUGCUGGUGGCAUCUUUCUGGCUACUUGCUUCCUGGAUACCUUACCACAUCUUAACGAAAACUUUCAAAAAUUUAAACAAAUCACAUCCUGGAAUACGACAUAUCCUGUACCAGAAUUUCUUAUUUGUAUUGGUAUUUUGUGUGUUUAUGUCCUUGAAGAAAUAUUUACUUGGAUUUUUUCAAAAGAAGGAAAAAAUCCGGCGAUUGUAAAAGAAAUGGAAAUGUUGAAAUUAUCAACGAGUAAUGAAAUGCAUUUGGAACAAGAAAUGGAAUCUUUGCAUGAAUAUCAAACAGUUGAAACAAAAGACAUCGAAUGUAACGGUGAAAUUGUUAAUUCCGAUAUUAAAGUUGUUCGUAGACGGAGUCAAAAUAAUAGCAAGUCAAAAAACGAUAUUAUACAUUCAAUUACGUUUACGAUAGCAAUGUCAUUUCAUUCGAUACUUGAAGGAGUUGCGCUUGGCGUACAAGAUGAAAAAUUUGGUAUCAUCACAUUGUUUAUCUCACUUCUGCUACAUAAAGGUAUCGAAGCAUUCAGUGUUGGUUUACAAAUAUCACGGACAAUUGCGCAACAAGUUAAAAUUGUUAUUGCGACAAUAAUAAUUUAUUCAUUAAUGACACCAAUAGGAUCAUUUGCUGGAUUAUUUUUACAGAAUGUUAAUAUGAAUGAAUCUUGGCGACAGGGUAUUAUAAUCAUCCUCGAAGGACUUGCUAUCGGAACAUUUAUUUUUGUGACAUUUUUAGAGGUUUUAUUUGAGCAGCGAAAUAAUUCAAAGGCGGUAAGAGAAGAAAUAAUUGCAAUAGCACUGGGUAUUCUAACAAUUAGUGGUUUUCAAUAUUCGAAGGAAAUUUUCGUAUAA